AUGGCAUCCUCAACCGGCAACAACGGCUGGGCGCAACUACGACAACAGGCACGAUCAUUAGAGUCGCAGACCGAGUCUCUGUUUCAUACCUACUCGCAGUUCUCGACAGCACCGAACAUCCCGCAGAAGCCGACAGAGGAGGAGAGAACCACGGAAGCAAGACUAGAGGACCUCCUAGAGAAGCGAGAGAACGUAAUCACCCAGCUCAACCGCCUUCUCGACUCCGACGCGACCCUCACUUCCUCGGCCCUGAAACAGAACAACCUGUCCCUGCUGCGCGAGAAGCUCGCCGCUCACAACAAGGACCUGGCCCGCCUCAAGUCGAACCUCUCGGAGGCGCGCAACCGCGCCAACCUGCUGUCCAACGUCCGCGACGACAUCGAGUCGUACCGCGCGUCGAACCCGGAGCAGGCCGAGGCCGACUACAUGCUCGAGGAGCGCCGGCGCGUCGACAACAGCCACAACGCCGCCGACAGCGUGCUGUCGCAGGCCUACGCCGUCCAGGAGAGCUUCCACCUGCAGAGGGAGACUCUCGCCAACAUCAACCGCAGGAUCACGCUCGCCGCGAGCCAGGUGCCCGGCAUCAACUCGCUGAUAGGGAGGAUAUCGGCGAGGAAGCAGAGGGACGGGGUCAUCAUGGGCAGCUUUGUCGCGUUUUGCUUUCUGAUGUUCUGGUUCUUCUUAUAG